AUGUCUGGGGUUGGAUGAUCUCUGCAUCUUGUAGCUCCUCCCUCGACUAGUCAGCCUGCUCGUCGUGCUGCUCUGUUGUGUUGCUCUGCAGCUCAGCGGUGGUGAAGGCAGACGCGUCCGGCUGGGAUCGGAGGGACUGGAGGAGCAGAUUACUGUUGUUGUUGCAGAAAAUAUUUUCACUGCAGAUUCACACGCUGGAUUUAAAACAGUUUCCUCUCAGGUUUGGAUCCUGCAGAGAGGGAUAUUCAUUUUUCUCACACUGCGAGAAGUUGAAGGAGUUUGCAGAGUAUAGUUCCAGCCGGGCUGAGCUAGCCUGGCUGCCCGCUGCGCUCUACUCCUCUCCCGGCCAGCCACACACAAGUUACCCCCUCUUCCUCCAGCUGCUGGGUGAAUCAUGGCGCUCAGAGCCAGAGCGCUGUACGACUUCAGCUCUGAAAACCCCGGAGAGGUGUCUGUGAAGGAGAACGAGGUGUUAACUCUGCACAGCGAGCAGGACAUCGACGGCUGGUUGGAGGGGACGAACAGCAAAGGAGAAAGAGGACUGUUCCCGGCGUCCUACGUGGAGAUCCUGAGGAACGACGCCAAAUCCUCCUCCACCUCCACCACCACGCUGCUCAACAACAACAGCUGCAGCAGCACAUCUGGGGACACUUAUCCAGACUCCAGAUACGCCAACAUCCCACCUGGAGGUUUUGAUGGCUCUAACAAGCCUCAGAGUAAAGUUGAGAACUUUUCUAAACCUUCUGCUCCUAGUUUCGCCUCUUUCACAGCCCCAACACAACCUCCUCCUCCUCAGCAAACCUACCAGCAGCCCAGCCCAGGGAGUGAUGAUGACUGGGAUGAUGACUGGGAUGACAGCUCUACUGUUGCAGAUGAGCCAGGCACUGCAGGAGGAAGGCAUCAUGACUUUGAAGGCAAUGGGCCAUCCACUUAUAGAGUGUCGACAUCCUCAAUGGCAAGAGGUAAUGCACAGCAAGCAAAGAGCUCUGCUACGGUUAGUAGAAACCUGAACAGGUUCUCAACCUUUGUGAAGUCAGGAGGAGAGGCGUUUGUGCUCGGGGAGGCUGCGGGUUUUGUGAAAGAUGGGGAUAAGAUCUGUGUUGUGAUGGGUCAGUUUGGUCCAGAGUGGCAGGAGAACCCGUACCCGUUCGCUUGCACGAUCGACGACCCCACGAAACAGACCAAAUUCAAGGGCAUGAAGAGCUACAUCUCCUAUAAGCUGACACCCACCCACACUCAGAACCAGGUGAACAGGAGGUAUAAGCACUUUGACUGGCUGUACGCCCGGCUGGUGGAGAAGUUUCCUGUUAUUUCAGUGCCACACAUCCCGGAGAAGCAGGCCACGGGGCGCUUCGAGGAGGACUUCAUCUCCAAGAGGAGGAAAGGCCUCAUAUGGUGGAUGAACCACAUGACCAGCCACCCGGUCCUGGCCAAGUGCGACGUCUUCCAGCACUUCCUCACCUGCAACAGCACGGACGAGAAGGCCUGGAAGCAGGGCAAGAGGAAGGCGGAGAAGGACGAGAUGGUCGGAGCCAACUUCUUCCUCACCAUCAGCACCCCCGCAGCGCCGCUCGACUUCCAGGAGGUCGAGAGCAAGAUAGACGGGUUCAAGGCUUUCACCAAAAGGAUGGACGACAGCGCCCUGCAGCUCAACGCCACCGCCAACGAGUUCGCACGCAAGCAGAUCACCGGCUUUAAGAAGGAGUAUCAGAAAGUGGGGUUUUCAUUCAAGGUCCUGAGCCAGGCCUUUGAGAUGGACCAGCAGGCGUACUCUGUUGGACUCAACCAGGCCAUCUCCUUCACCGGGGAGGCGUACGAAGCCAUCGGAGAGUGUUUUGCUGAGCAGCCCAGAAAGGAUCUGGAUCCCAUCAUGGAUUUGUUAGCUCUAUACCAAGGACACCUGGCCAACUACCCAGACAUCAUCCAUGUCCAGAAAGGAGCCCUGACGAAGGUGAAAGAGAGCCAGAAGCACGUGGAGGAGGGCAAGAUGGACCGGGCGCAGGCGGACGGCAUCGACGAGCGCUGCAACAUCAUCUCCUGCGCCACGCUGGCCGAGAUCCAGCACUUCCACCAGAUCCGCGUGCGCGACUUCAAGGCCCAGAUGCAGCACUACCUGCAGCAGCAGAUCGCCUUCUUCCAAAAGAUCACAGGCAAGCUGGAGGAGGCUCUGCAGAAAUACGACGACGCCUAACGGACCACUUGUCUCCGUCGGUUUUAGACCUUGGCGAUCAAUGAUCGUGCACCUCCUCUCUCGGCCAGUCAGUGGAGUUGUGGCAAACAAGAACCAGUAGUACAUACUGGUGAAUGCUGUUCAACCAGCAGGGAGGGACAUUCAAGGUGAUGACGCUCCAGUAAUAACGACAUUUCAACCAAAUCCAGGUUUCUCUGCGUGUUGACUGGAUGUUUAAGAGAGGUAAUUUAAUGAAGUUAAAGCCGACUUGUAAUACAAACUUAUAGAUUUAAUGAGAAUCAAUGAUAAUGAUGGUGCACCACUUGGUCUGGUGGGAGGGUGAAUACAAUCAAUGUUAUUAUCUGCAGAGGGAGAACCUGUAUCUGCUGCUGCGAACACACCCGGUGCAAGAUCUCAUACAUGAAGUGUUUUUAGCCUUACAACACUGUUUAUAAAUGUAGGAGCAGCGAUGCUCCGGUGGCGAACACACUGCCUUCUGGAAACACUUCCUGGUUUCCGUCUCCUUGGACACACACAGGACGAUAAUGUUUACAGUCUCCUCGCUGGGCCGCCACUGUCGCCGCUGUCUCGCUGUGCCUUCUGAUUACAACGUCUCUCUCUGGUCAUUUUUCUUACUAGUUACUAAAAAAAGCUUUAUAUACUGUAUAUGUAGAAAUAUAUUCUAUCUGUUUUUACAAAGCUACAAAUUUUGUAGUCUUUGAAAAAAAGAAAAGAUCACUGUGCUUUGAGAGAGGGCGGUGUCUUUCACGGGAGAUAAUAUUGUGACCCAAGGAUGGAUUUUCAACACUCACAGUGUGACAAAAUCAGGAUCAAGAGAGGAUUACCUGCUUUGACAACAGGAGCCCACGCCUUACACAGGGCACAGCCAGCACCGCUGCUGAUUUAAGGGACAAGGAUGAUGGACACCUGCUCUGCCAGAUACAUGAAUUUGUGUCGACAAAACGUUGGUUUUCAGGCUUAUCUUUGGGGUAGUAUUCAGAGGCAGGCUGUUAGAGAGGUAGAGGGUUCCUCGCCUGUUUUAAUAAUGCAGUCUUUUUAAUAGCCCACUUCUAGACAGUUCAACUGUACUGCUGUUUUUAACCUUUAUGAUGUUGGUUGCAUCAUGAAGAGAUUAAUAUAGAAGCAGAAAUAAAUUCCUCCUUCACAGAAA